GGGCCACGGACCAGCUCCAGCCUCCAGGCAACCAGGCCUCCACACGUCCAGCUUCGUUCCCAAAUGGCAAGGGCGCAAGGGCAGGCAUUCCUCUUCCUCCUUCCUAAUCUGCUCUACUGCAAGGGUUUCAAGCAUCGGGCGGCGGCAGCGUGAGCUAUUGGAGGUACGCGCCGUUCAGUUCAUCAGCCGUCGCCCGUCCGGGACUCAGGGUCAGCAUCUAUUUUCCUGACCUAUGAUGACGACUCAAGGAGGUUUGCAGCCGACAAGCAAUGAAGCUAAUCUGUGCACCAAUGACAAUGGUAGCCAACUUAGUACACGGAUUGUGGACGAGAUUAUGGCUGGGAAGAACGUCUUCUUUGAUCUUCCUGACAAGUUGACUGGUGAGAUGUGGACCUUGAAAUUCCAUUGCAUUGGAGCACAACCUGGAAAAGAAAUUGUCACAGUAAAUAUUGAUAAAGCUUAUGUUGCCUUUUACAACAUGGUGUACAUAAAAUCGAAACUUGGAUAUUCUGGAAGGGACUUCUUGUUUUACAAGAAACGAUGUGGCAUUGAUCGAUCCAGGCUAUUGGCACUUGAUUACAUCCACCAAGAAGAGGCCAUGUUGUCUGAUAACAUGGAUGAGAGAAAAAUAAGUUUUGUGCUCACAAAAGAUCCACCCAGUGAUCUAGAGGUAAGCAUAACUCCCAUCAAGCGUCCAAGGCAGCGAACAAAUGUUGAUGAAGAAACUAUAGAAGUGUUGAUUGAUGCAUAUAAGGAGUGGCUUGCAAUACUACAACAUGACAAUCCAGAAACGGAUUUAAUGGAUGACUUCAGGGAGGAUACGAUCAAAACAUAUAAAGAAUGGUUAAGGCAUCAUGGCGAUCUUCCAGAUAUCUUAUUGUAUGAACGGCAAAGCAAUGAUGACCUAAUAUUAUCAGAUGAAGAAAUUCAUGGCAGCAGCAAACCUACUGCUAAUUGGCCAUCUCAUGCUAGACAUCAUAGGAAAAGAGAUCCUGAUAACGAUGGAGUCUUCAAAAAGGAGGGGUGUGGUACCCUUAAGGGUAUAGCAGCAGCCACCAAGCGAAUCAAGAACGGUGAUCACAAACUUAAGAUUGAAUUUUCAUCUAAGCUUGGAGGUCCCGUAGGACCAAACACUCGCACUUUUGUGGAUGAAAUCGUAUUAUUUACAAAGAAAAAGGCACCACUUAUUGGAGUGAAAAAGUGGAAAGAUAUAGAGCUCAAUGUUAGAUCUUCUAUAGCCUCUGACGUACUGCGAAGGUGGGAGUUUCCAAGCAAUGAGGACGUGCAUGAAAAGAUCUGGUCUAUUGCCAAGGAGAGAUACAAAGGAUGGCGAUCAACGUUAAGCUCAACAUACAAGGCAUACAAUAGUUAUGCUGAAAGGAUGAAAAACAAGCCUGAAGAUGUAGACAUCGUCGAGUGGCAUUACAUGAUGUUGUAUUUUGGAUCUGAGAAAUUCCAGAAAAUAAGCACCCGGAACUCAGAAAACCGUCAGAAGCAAAGAACGAAGCAUAUAAUGGGUUCUAGAACUUUUUCCCAAAUAAGCUUUCAACAGAGAGAUCCAGAAACUGGUAUAGAACCAACCGAUCUAUCCCUUUGGAUGAUUACUCAUUGUAAAAAUGAUGAAUGGUCGAAAGAGGCUUCACGUGGCAUUUAUGAGAAGGCAGCUGAGAAAAUUGUUGAGAAAAUAUAUCAAAUAGAAAGAUAUCAUCUAACAAGAGAAGAGGAAAAUGCUAUUUUCCAAACAACAUUCAAGGAAACAACAGGAUGUAAGGCAAACAGACUUCAUGGUCAUGGGUACCUAUCAAGAUAUCCAACAAGAAGUCAAGUGAUGGAAUCAAAGUUCCUCGAACAAGCUCGUGCCACGGUUGCAACCAACCAAAAGAACAUUGAACUUGAAAGUCACGUCCAGUUGUUAAAUGAAAAACUUGCGUGUGAGGUUGCAGAACGAGAAAGAAUACUACAAGAAAAAAUGCAAGCACUGCAAGAAGAAGAAGAAAGAAAAAGACAGGUGCUUAGAGAAGAAAUGAGGCAAGAAAUGGUUGUUGCCCUUGCUGCUGUAGCACAACAGAGCAACCGUGAAAGCACCACUCCAAUCGAUCCUUCUUCCGUUGUCCCUACUAAACCUCCUGAACUCAUCCCAGCUGAUCCUCCUGCACCUGCACCAAGUAGUGCAAACAACGUUCGUACACCAGACACAAACAAUAAGAAAGACAAUAUGCCAGCAAACUAUAUUAGCUCUUACACUCUAAGGAAUGCUGUGACAAGACGUGUGCAGGCAAGGGGCAACAAAAGAAGCGAAUGUGUACAAUCCGCAAGUGCAAGCGAGAAGCAAGGUAGAUCAACUUAAGAAGCUCUAUCAAAGUGUGUUUAAGGUUCCUUGUCGUCGUGAUUCGUCGUCAGCCUAGCUAACCAUUGCUUGCAUCAAUGGAGGGGAUGGAGGGGUACACGAUGGCAAAAAAACUUCCAAUAAUUUGCUAGUCCUGAGUAGUUUAUUAUCUAUGUUAUCACAAUCCAAGCUAGUACGAGGAUGCUGUGAUUGUGAGCUAUGUUAUCAAAUUAAUUUGUAUUUGGCCACUAUUUAUUUGGUGCAACCUAUUGUUACAACUUAUGGUAUGGAUAUAGUUAAUAUAUGAGACAAGAGACAAAUAUUAUGGUUGUCAAUUUUGGUUCUGACGUUACUGAUGUAAAAUAUAAUUCUUUUGCAUAACAUUUUAUACCCAAUAGAAAUGCAAAAUGCAUUGUCGUAUAAA